CGAAGAAGAAGACCGCCACCGGGCCCGCCGCCGGAGGCGUCGCGAAGAAGAAGAAAGCAGCCCCCGCGAAGGCCAAGAAACCGGUCGACAGCGCGAAGAAGCCCGAGCCCGAACCGAAAGAUGAGAUGAAGCGCGUCGCGUUCGACGUGAAGACGCUGCUUCGCCAGUACGCGAAUCUCCAAUACACGUUCAACGCGCUCAUGGACCGCUAACGAUCGCUUCAAGAAAUAGACCCGGAGGAGUACGCGGACCAACCGGAAAUGAUGGUGAACGGCGUCGACAUGGCGGAAGACAUCACGGUCAUUGACGGGGGGACGGCGCCGUUCGCGAUCGACUCGGACUGCAUGCUCUUUUUCUGGCUCGUCAGUAGGCUAUCUUCGGCGUGCGACAGCGGGACCAUCGCCGGCGACGCGCAAAGGCUCGAGGCGGUGUUGACCGGCGCGCUCGAGGACAUCAAGAACACGACCGCAGCGUGGACGAGGAAGCGGUUCGAGCUCAUGACCGGGCUCCUCCUCGCGAUCGUGACGGGCCCGAAUCACGCGCUCGACGGGUUCAUCGACCGCGGGUUCGAAGCGCCGAAAUUUUUCCGAGACCUCGCGACCGCGUGGCGACAGCUGUUGAACCCGAACGGUCGCGCGGGGACGGACGGACCGAAGAGGCUGAAAGAGGACGGCGUGACCCCGGACAUGAUGUGAUACGCGAAAGAAGACCUCAAAAAUCUGAAAGAGUACCUCGAGUCGGGGAACGCAGGCGGCGUCUCGAUGUUCGGAGGCGGGCCGCAGAAGAUCAAGUUCGCCUGUGACCCGGCGGCCCGGUGACUUCCUUCAUCAUCACGGGAAAUGAACCUAAACGAAAGCG